AUGCGUUUCCAGCCCAGGGUUGAUGCAAAGCCCAGAGACCUGAUUGAAAUCUCCCGUGGGAUAUAUAAUCACUGGGCCAUCUACAUCGGUGGAGAGGAAGUUGUUAAUUUCGCUCCUCCAAAUGAUGAUAUUGCCUGGAAAAGCCCCAAAGAACAGGUGAAGCGUGAGAAGAUCUGGGAAGUGGUCGGCAACGAUAGUUUCAAGAUCAACAACCUCCUAGAUGACAAGUACCAGCCUCGUGAGCGUGACAUCAUCGUGAAGGAGGCCUGUAGCAUGGUGGGUCGGAAGAUGCCGUACUCUAUCGUGAAAUACAACUGCGAGCACUUUGUCACAGACCUACGAUACGGCAUUCCAGAGUCUCGACAGGUGGGUAUCCUGUGGCUUUGAUACUUCUGUUUGCAGGACUGCUUAA